GAAAGAAACCAGGAGGAGGAAAAAGCGGAGGGGAGGAGAAAGGAAAAGGCAGCAGCAGCAGCAGCAGCAGAGCCCACCGGAGUACGUGAACCCACCGGAGCAGCAGAGGAGUGCACUGCUGCUUUAGUGAUUGGCUGAAGAAGGCGCUGCGGACUACCAACAUGGACCUGCAGCAACCUGGUGUUUCUCAAAAUUCAUAGUUUUCUGAUCUGCAGCUGAGUCUUCAGAGCUCCAAGUGGCGAGCAGUGCCGGUCAGUGACUUCAUACCCAGCAGGUCCUCUGUCUCGUGUUACAAUGAUGUCAGUGGAUGUGACCAAUUGCAAUGGCCCUGCUGCCACGCCUCCCACCUCUCUCAGCCUCCGCUCUUCACACAAUCAGCUACUCAGCAGCGACGUCAUCAAGCAAGGCUCGGCCACUCCACCCAAGUGUCGCAAAAAGUAUGCACUCACGAGCAUCCAGGCCGCCAUGGGCCUUGGAGAAAAUGCGCCACCUUCAACAUCGCCGUCUUUGUCCCCGUCGCAGCCUGCAGCCCCCAACAAUCCCAAGCUAGCCAAGAACGGGGCCAACCAGCUGCGUAAAGCCGGUCAGGACCACAAUAAAAACACAACCGACCCCGACCCGACGGACCCUGAGUGUAAUCCAGAACCAAUAGCUGAUGAUCCCAAUGUUAACACGGUAGAAGAGCAAGACAGUCACUCUCUGACGAACAACGACCGAGAGGAGGAUGUGUUUGAGUCGGAUGCUGAGCAGCGGCCAGGAUCCACCAGCGACGCCGAGUCGGAGCAGAAAACGGAAUCAGAUGCAGAUUGUAACAUUAACUGGACUGAUGAGACCAAGCUGAACGGCAGUAUGGCAGAUUUAGACUUUGUCUUGAACGUUGAGGCGGAGGAGCCCGACGACAUAAGCAUUCUGUCUGAAAAGGAAAUCCCAUCAAAGAUGAAGAUGGAGGAAGAUGAGGUGGUGGAGGGGCUGGAGGAUGAGGAGGAGGAGGAGAGGAAGCCUUUGCUGAUGCUGAACCCCGAUUCUCCCAUGAAGGAGGGCAGAGUUUCUUCAGGUUCUGAAAUCAUCUCUGAACUCCAGUCCAACCUCGCGCUCCUCCAAUCAGAAAAGAACUCUGGGGUUCCUCCCCCGCCAAGGCAAGACAGUCCAGAAGACACCCGCCUGCUCUCUGCUGCCUCCUGCCCCUCCUCUUCCUCCUCCUCUCCAGAGACAAAGAAGGACCGGAGGACUGGAGCAAAGACAGACUGUGCGUUGAACCGCAUCCAGAAUCUAAACCCCAGUGAUGAAGAGUUGAGCUGGACUACUCUGUCCCAGGACAGCAACUCCCCUGAGGAGACAGAUAUCUGGAGUGAGCAGUCGUUCCAGACCGAUCCCGACUUGCCUCCAGGAUGGAAGAAGAUCACAGACAUGGCCGGUAUCUACUACUGGCACAUUCCUACAGGCACCACCCAGUGGGAGCGGCCCUCCACUCGUCCACCUCCACCUGGGCAGAAUGAGACCCCGGCCCUGACUGACCCCACGGCCCCUGUGCCGCGUAAACACUCCCAGGGCUCCCUGAGCCCCCUGACCACUCCCGACCACGAGGCGGAGAUCUUUUUCAGAGCGUCGACUCGUUCAGGAAGCACGACCUCUGACAGCUCAGUGGAGCCGCUAUCCAGUCAUGAGUCCACUCUCCCUACAUGUGGAUUUGUUAACAGCUGCUACUUUCCUCGUUCCACGUCCUUACAGGAGACGCCCGAUCAAGAAAAUCGCUCUCAAUAUCAUGAAGAUGAAGACAAGAAGCAGGUGUGGAGUGAAUUUGGAGGAAAAAUUGAUAGUGAAGUGUGGAAGGACCUGCAGGCGGCCACGGUGAACCCUGACCCCAGUCUGAAAGAGUUUGAGGGUGCUACGCUUCGCUAUGCUUCUCUCAAGCUCAGGAAUCGUCCAACCACAGAGGAAAAUGAGUCCAGCAGUGUAAACAGUGACCCAGAAGCUAAGUGUUUUGCAGUGCGCUCCUUGGGUUGGGUGGAGAUGGCCGAGGAGGACCUGGCCCCCGGGAAGAGCAGCGUAGCCGUCAACAACUGCAUCCGACAACUGUCCUACUGCAAGAACGACAUACGGGACACCGUCGGCAUCUGGGGCGAGGGGAAGGAUAUGUACCUGGUGCUGGAGAAUAACAUGUUGAACCUGGUUGACCCAAUGGACCGCAGCGUGCUUCAUUCCCAGCCCAUUGCCAGUAUCCGUGUCUGGGGUGUUGGCCGGGACAAUGGCAGAGAGAGGGACUUUGCGUACGUGGCGCGGGACAAAAACACCAGGAUCCUGAAAUGUCAUGUGUUCCGCUGUGACACGCCGGCCAAAGCCAUCGCCACAAGCCUGCACGAGAUCUGCUCCAGGAUAAUGACGGAGCGAAAGAAUGCCAAAGCCAUGGCAGGAGGUUCACUCCAGGACAGGAUGCAGGCAGGGCUGGACCUCCCUUUACAAGAGUUUCCCACACCAAAGACGGAGCUGGUUCAGAAGUUUCAGGUCCUCUACCUGGGCAUGAUGCCUGUGGCCAGACCAAUAGGCAUGGAUAUACUGAACGGAGCCAUUGAAAGUCUGAUUGGCUCUUCCAACAGAGAAGACUGGACUCCUGUGGCCCUUAAUGUGGCAGAUGCCACUGUGACCAUCAGCAAAGACAAGGAUGAAAAGGAGGUGCUGGUGGAGUGCCGCGUUCGUUUCCUGUCUUUCAUGGGCGUCGGCCGUGACGUGCACUCAUUUGCCUUCAUCAUGGACGCUGGCGGCCAUCGCUUCGACUGCCAUGUCUUCUGGUGUGAGCCCAAUGCUGGAAGUGUGUCUGAAGCCGUGCAGGCUGCUUGCAUGCUGCGGUAUCAGAAGUGUCUGGUGGCCCGGCCGCCCUCCCAGAAGGCCUGCGGCUCAUCGCCCCCCGGAGACUCCGUUUCCCGUCGGGUAUCGACCAGCGUGAAGCGAGGCGUCCUGUCUCUCAUCGACACCCUCAAACAGAAGAGACCCGUCACAGAGCUGCCGCAGUAACGGCAGCGAGCCGGUACGGGCUUCCCAACACAGCUCUCGGUCACCACGGGAACAUCACCGCUUCGCUGCCAAGACCCCGUCUCCAUCACAGACUUUAGCAGCAGUAGAACGUGGUGGAGUCUCCAGUGGCUUUUAUUUUUGUUUUUUUUUGGAAGCAAAUCUUAAGCGUUUCUCAGUCGAGUAGCUGUUAAAAAAAAAAAAAAGAUUCCGAAUCAAACAGGAGCAUCCAAGAUAGUCGUGUACAUGACUCUCAUUUCUGUCAGUAACGGCACGAGGAGAAGAGGGAACAACCUGAAGAAGCAGGAGGCGCUCCUUCAAGCACAGCACUCGCGCCAUGACCGAGCUCGUCGCUGACCAAAACGCUCAUCUCUCCAUGCUUUCUGUGUAUCUGUGUCUGCGCCUGUCAGCAUGAAGCUCCACACCGGGCCACACUCCCCUGUCAUCGUUUAGUCUGUAGUGGCUCUUCUCCCUCUCGUCGUCCUUUAGUAAAUCUAAAUGUCAGAACAAAACAAAGAGAGAGAACGAGCGAGAACAGCCAUCAUUUUUCUUGUUCCUGGAUGAACAAAGGAAGCUGCUACGGACUUGAGAGAUUCCAGUGCAACCUGUUCAGCUGAGCGUGCAUGAAGUUGUUGUUUUUUUUGUUUGUUUUAUCUAAAUGUGAACCAUUCAAAACGAUGUGGAAACAGUGCUGCUGCUUUCAGAGACAAGAGGAGGAAAAUCAGAAGGCUGCAUACUUUUUGGCCUCGGGACGAGCGGUGCCUCGUCACCGGAAUCAUCCUUCAUAUCUUUCCUGUGUUUUUGUUUGUUUUUUCUUUAGUUCCUUUUUCUUUUAAGAAAUUACAGAUAAUAGCCAUAUCAGAGGAAGAGCUGUGGGACAGUUUUCCCUCACUGGUAUUCAGUGCUAGACUUGCUGCUUCAAACACAGGAGACAUCAGUAUGCUGGAGGGAAAUCUGAUAGUUUCUCUUCAGUCCCACCUCACUCCCUGGAGACGCUGGGUCCUUUAAUAAAGGUGGAUCACCUGGAGGAUGAGAAAGGAGACUUUAGGAAUGUUUUUUAUUUCAGCCUUCGGUUUUCAAAGGAAAACCCAGCAGAACGUUGGAGGGGCUCAAACCGAGCAGGACUUUCUGGCGCUGCUAUUUGUUUUCACAGGCCAGAGUGCUUUUGCUUAAGAAAAUUUUCUUUUGAAUUUGUUUUCACCAGUGCCAUGGGUAUGUUUUCAAAAAAACACAAAUCCCCUUAUUUCCCUUGUCUGUCUCUGAACUGUCACAUAGCUGACAUGUUUGGAUGUAAGAUCAUUUUUUAUUCCACCUUAAACCUCAGAACAGUUUGCUAAGCCCCUCCUCCAAAACGUUAUCCAAUCACAGCACCAGAAACUUGGCUUUUUAAAUUUUUUUAAAUUUUUACUCAAAUUGUGUUAACGUUGCUUAAAAACAAUUAACUCAUAGAUCUGACAGGUGACACAAGAUUAAUUCAGGCGGUUGAGGCUUAGCAGACUAAUUGUUAUAGAUCAAAUGUCCUAUGAAAGAAUUAGUAUACCACCAGGAAAAAACUGUUGGCUUUUGACUAUAUUCUUAAACUUUUUAGGUUUAAUUAAAUACUUAAGCCUCAAGGGUAAAUGAUGAAAUUAUUUCGUGGAGACAUUAAAUCCACCCACGGCAUCAGAUGCGGGAGCUUCUUUCUGUAAAGGGUUCCUAUGAUUCAGAUUAAUUUGUUUUGAGUUGGUGUAAAAUUGUUUUAAAUCCUUCAACAUCCCUCUCUAAAGGAUUUUGUCGACUCAUUUCCCAAAGUUUUGGUCUUCAUGUCCGAGCAGCGUGAAGCGAGGUCAGUGAGAUGUCGCUGAAUUAUUACGACCAAUGUCGCUCCUAUAUGGAAAAAGUCUGUGUCAUGGCGGUCUAGCACAGCGUCACGUGAUUUAUAGACUUCCCACUUGGAAGCACCACAACAGCGCCCCCUGCAGUCAGAAUUUCUACUGAGAAAGUUGGUUUUUGUCCAAUAUGGCUGCCUUCAUUACGAAUUUCAGUGAAAGUAACCUGUAUAAACUAUUUAUUAGCACCUCUCAUGGUUUCAUAUUUAUGUGCACUAUCUGCAUUUUGUUUUUUUACAAUUAGAAGACUUUAUGCCAUAGGAAAAAUAAGACUGCCAUUCUACACAUUUGACACUGUAGCAAACAUAAUUUGAUAAAUAAACCAGCAUGCCUAUGAUUUAAUUCUUUGGUUUUUAUUUUUUAUUUUAUAUUGGCCAUGUCAAAAAGGCAGAUGGUCUCAUCCCAAAGUUUUAAAAUUUAGGACAUUUCAGUUGAGAAAACACAAACAUAAUUUUUUAUACCUUUUUUUUGUCAUUCAAACUAAAAUAAUCAACGUCAAUUAGUUUUUCUGUAUAACGCACAAAUAUAUUAAUUCCCAAGUUUCCUAAAAAUACUUAAAUCCUCGUCUCAGUAUCAUGUGUCGUCUCGAAUAGAUGAUUUAUUACAUAUAUCAAAUCGUUACACACCAACACAUAUUACUGCUCUAUGACUGGUCCGUUUGGUAAAGAUGAUGCACAACCUUGGCCCUUUGCUGCUGUUGAGCUUAUUUGGUUUUAAAUUAACCAUACUAUUUCUAACUUUUGAUUUUUAAAAUACUAAUACCUUUUUCAUUAAUAUUACUUCUUGCACUUCUCUGUCUUCCUCGAUGACUCCAUAAAAUAAAGCCUGAUGUGCUUGUAAUGCAAUAAUAACGUAAAACCUAAGUAGCACACACUGCUUCAGUGAAAGUCAGUAGUUUGCUGGAAGAAGUCAACAGUUUCUGUGUGGUGUACUAACUCGAGACACGAGUGUUGGUGCAUCUUUCUUGUUGUCUCGCCCGUAGCUCUAAAGUGAAUUCACACAACUAAAAGGAACUUGUUUUGUGACAGAGACUGAUGAGAAAAUUCAGCAGAUUUCCCUUUUUCGCAGAAGGAUGUUGACAUGUGAAUAAGAUGACAUCUGUGUGUACAGAAAACCCACCCAGUGUAACAUUUAUCAUUGUUAUAAGCUAUGCCUUUAUUUUUGAAUGUCUCUUAUUUUCUUAUACGUUAUAAAAAAAAAAGCCUUUUCUGAAUCAUACCAAAUGGCCAAAGUGUAAAAUACUUAUAUAAAUUGUUGUAGAUAGGAAAAUAUGAGAGCAAAUAAUGAAAAGCGAGGAGGCGGUUGGACAUUUUUACACUUUAGUUGAUGCUGAAAUUAACUGUGCGAUUUUUAUCUAUGCAUUCUUUUGAUCUGGAGAAAAAGGAAAGUCAUGAGGAGCGCUGCAUGGUCGAAAGAGAGACGGCGUGUAUUGAACAAAACUAUUUUUUAUUUUAUUUAUUCUAUUUUAUAAAAGGUAUAUACUGAUUUUAUUAGUUGGAAGCAAGUCUCUCGAUGCUGUCAUUAUUUCAGACCCCAGUCAACUCUUCAAACGUCACAAAAAGCUCCCGGUUCGCAGAAACAAAGCAGAUAAAGGAAUAUAUCUUCACCCUGUACAGUGAUCACUUACCGCUGAGGGUCCACUGCUGCUCAGAGCGUCAGACUGAGGAAGAGGAGGAAGAGGGCAGCAGCAGUGGACUCGCAGCCUUUCUGUCAAACUCACACAGACACCCACCGUCCAUUCGAUGGAUGUGUUAGCUUCCGUUUGCUGCUCACCAAUUUGUACACUUUAGCAAUGUAACCAAUUGUGAGAAUAAAUGGCAUAAAACACUC